AUGGUUGUGGACUUGUGAUGUAUGGGAUCGACCCGACGAUAGGUAGAGUUUCGGCUUCUUCCACGGAUCCACUCAAUCAUCCGCCGCCCCAUUGUUUGUUCGGUUUGCGCGCAGAUUCCCCGACCAGAAAAUCAUGCUCACGCCGGCCAGACCAAUCGCCAUAGAUCAUAUUUCUCUUUUCUUCCUUCGAACCUUCAUUCUCUGCUUCGUGCCGGUCAUACCGUCUGGUAUCUUCAGGCCAACAGCACCUCAUCUCGACCUCUGCCGCCCUUCCCCCGUCGCGUCAAACUCCAGCGCUUGGUGGGGAGUUCCUUCUGCCAUAGCAAAAGUCCGGACCCAGUUAUGUCGGCAAUCCUCGCGCGUACCUGAGAGUUCCCAUCCAUACUAUUUGUAUCCAACCCCUUCCUCCCCGACCGCAAGCCGUUCACCUUCCGUAUCUGAGACGGGACUUGUCGCGCCGGAUACAAAGACCAGAUUCUCUACUAUAUAAGGCCGUUACCACCAGCGUCUGGUCCGUGUAUCCUCAUACCAUGUCCGAACCUACCCCCGCUGGAGCUGCC